AUGGGACGGAAGAAGAUUAAGAUUGAGCGCAUCGUCGACGAGCGUAACCGGCAGGUGACGUUCACGAAACGGAAGAAUGGGUUGAUGAAAAAGGCGAUGGAGCUGAGCGUGUUGUGUGAUUGCGACAUCGCGCUCGUGAUCUAUAACUCGAACGAAAAGUUGUAUCAGUAUUCGUCUGGGGACAUCGAGGAUGUGCUGCGGCGAUUUCACACCGAGUGCGCCGAGGCGCACGAGGCGAGGAACAAUCAGGACUUGUUCGAUCAGCACUUCUCGACGCAAAAGGGGGCGUCGGCGCGCGAAAGAGCGCAGGCGAGCACGAGUCGAAGCAUGUGGCGCAAGGUGAAGAUUUGA